CCCUCCGCCCGCCGGCCCGCCCGUCAGUCAGUCAGGCAAUCAGUCGUUCUGGGUUGCUGUGGGUUCUCCAGGUCUUCGGAGCGGUUCCCUCCUUGCUCCUUCCCGGUCAGCAGCAGCAGCUGCACCAGCUGCGGCGCGGUCCCUCCGGGAGGCGCGGCGUAGGUCGAGCGGCGGCUGCGGAGCGUCGAGCUCAGCCCAGCGCGGCGGAGGCGGCUGCGGCGGCCCGGCAGCCAACAUGGCGGCGGCGGCGGCGGCGGGCGCGGGCCCGGAGAUGGUCCGCGGGCAGGUGUUCGACGUGGGGCCGCGCUACACCAAUCUCUCGUACAUCGGCGAGGGCGCCUACGGCAUGGUGUGCUCUGCUUAUGAUAAUGUCAACAAAGUUCGAGUAGCUAUCAAGAAAAUCAGUCCUUUUGAGCACCAGACCUACUGCCAGAGAACCCUGAGGGAGAUAAAAAUCUUACUGCGCUUCAGACACGAGAACAUCAUUGGAAUCAAUGAUAUUAUUCGAGCGCCAACCAUCGAGCAAAUGAAAGAUGUAUAUAUAGUACAAGACCUCAUGGAAACAGAUCUCUACAAGCUCUUGAAGACACAACACCUCAGCAACGACCAUAUCUGCUAUUUUCUUUACCAGAUCCUCAGAGGGUUAAAGUAUAUCCAUUCAGCUAACGUACUGCACCGUGACCUCAAACCUUCCAACCUGCUGCUCAACACCACCUGCGAUCUCAAGAUCUGUGAUUUUGGCUUGGCCCGUGUUGCAGAUCCAGACCAUGAUCACACAGGGUUCCUGACGGAGUACGUAGCCACACGUUGGUACAGGGCUCCGGAAAUUAUGUUGAAUUCCAAGGGCUAUACCAAGUCCAUUGAUAUCUGGUCUGUAGGCUGUAUUCUGGCAGAGAUGCUCUCCAACAGGCCCAUCUUCCCAGGGAAGCAUUAUCUCGACCAGCUGAACCACAUUCUGGGUAUUCUUGGAUCCCCAUCACAGGAAGACCUGAAUUGCAUAAUCAAUUUAAAAGCUAGAAACUAUUUGCUUUCUCUUCCACACAAAAAUAAGGUGCCAUGGAACAGGCUGUUCCCAAAUGCUGACUCCAAAGCUCUGGAUUUACUGGACAAAAUGUUGACCUUUAACCCUCACAAGAGGAUUGAAGUAGAACAGGCACUGGCCCACCCAUAUCUGGAGCAGUAUUAUGACCCAAGUGAUGAGCCCAUCGCUGAAGCACCAUUCAAGUUUGACAUGGAAUUGGACGACUUGCCUAAGGAGAAGCUCAAGGAACUCAUUUUUGAAGAGACCGCUAGAUUCCAGCCAGGAUACAGAUCUUAAAUUUGUCAGGACGAGGGCUCAGCGGACUGGACGUGCUCGGACAUCGGUGUUCUUCUUCCCAGUUCUUGACCCUGGUCCUGUCUCCAGCCCGUCUCGGCUUUUCCACCUUGACUCUUUUGAGCCGUUCGGAGGGGCGGUUUCUGGUAGUUGUGGCUUUUAUGCUUUCAAAGAAUUCCUUCAGUCCAGAGAACUGUUCCUGGCACCCCUGUGUGUGUCACCCACUGGUGACCUGUGGCAGUAUGUACUUUCAGUGCACCUACUGCUUACCGUUGCUUUAGUCACUAAUCGCUUUCUGGUUUGAAAGAUGCAGUGGUUCCUCCUCCUGAAUCCGUUCUUUCAUGACACCCGCUGACCCAUGCAGUCACACCAGAGAUAGUUCUUUCCAAAUUGGCUCUUGUCACUGGCAUCUCACUUUAUGAUAAGGGAAGGCUACUACCUAGGGCACUUUAAGUCAGUGACAGCCACUUAUUUGCACUUCACCUUUUCACCAUAACUGUUUCCCUGAGCAGGAACUCUUGGAAACACCUGCGAUGACGUUGCAGCCUGCAGUAAGUGCUCCCAUCCUGGGAAUCUGUGGGGGUACUGGUCAGCGUCUUUCCUCCUAUCAUGUUAGUCACUAACAUAUUUAAGGUAUGUGCAUUUGCCCAGCUGUUAGAAAACUCAAUCAUUUUUCUAAAUAAAAAAAAGAUGUACUGCACAGCAGUUUACUCUGUAGAUUUACUAUGGUUACUUGUACCAUUUAUAGAGGUAUAACACUUGCCCACAUGUGUUAUAUGCAGUACUGAGUGUUUGUAAGACUUAUGCAAAAAGCUUUAAAGUGGCAGCUUCACUCGCGAUUUAAUGAGAGAGGUACAAAGAUCACAGCAGGUGCUCAGGAAAGUGUCUGGAGAAGUAGCCAGCAGGACGCCCGUUGUCCCAGGGCAGAGCUCCACCUGCCAGGGUGUAUACACCCCGAGCUGCAUCACAUGGUGUGCCACAUUCAGUGCCAGAGGAUUUAGCAGAGAGGAUAAACACUGCGUCUUUAAAUGAGAAAGUGUACAAUUCUUUUUCUUCCUACAGCAUGUCAGCAUCUCAAGCUCAUUUUUCAACCUACGAUAUAACAGUUUGUAAUACAGCCUUCAUGAGCUCAUGACAUGGAGCACUGUUCUGUCGUCAAGUACUCUCAGCCAUUUCUGAUUACUGCUGAGCUAAAACCAUCAGAAAAAGCUAGCACUAAGUCACGUUUGGAGCUCUCCCAUCUUCCCCUGAUCUCUCUAAGUAUUUGUCCCGCCACUGCACACGGUGGCGUGGACUCGGUGUUCUGUCCCAGUGCGGUGCCUCCUCCUGACUCCCCCACUGCUCUCUGUGGUGAGAAAUUUGCCUUGUUCAAUAAUUACUGUACCCUCGCAUGACUGUUACAGCUUUCUGUGCAGAGAUGACUGUCCAAGUGCCACAUGCCUAUGAUUGAAACGAAAAAUCUAUUGUUACCUCUGAGUUGUGUUCCACGGAAAAUGCUAUCCAGCAGAUCACUUAGGAAAAAUCAUUCUAUUUUUAGCUUUUCAUUUCUCAGCUGUCCUUUUUUUUCUUGUUUGAUUUUUGACAGCAAUGGAGAAUGGGUUAUAUAAAGACUGCCUGCUAAUAUGAACAGAAAUGCACUUGUAAUUCAUGAAAAUAAAUGUACAUCUUCUAUCUUCAUAUUCAUGUUAAGAUUCAGUGUCGAUUUCCUCUGGAUCGGCGUGUCCGAAUGGACAGUCAGGUUCAGUUUGUGCUUAGAACAGAAAUGCACACAGGCCUCGGCUUCCCACCUGGGCACUACCCCAACACUUUGGUUUACAUGAAAUGAUUUAGAAAGCAUUUCUGUAGGGUCCUUUUUUCCCCUCUGCACUGCAGAGAUCUUUUCUGACAUGUUCCUUAUUCAAAUCAUAGGUCUAAAAUAUUAUGUCAGACUCUGAUGAAGAAGCCCAAAUGUCUCAGGUUGGAUUCUCUGGUUCUUUCUAAAGAGGGCCUGCCUGUGUGUCCCAGAGCUGCGGCCAGGCAUGGCUGAGCACUGGGCAGGGCUGCCCACACCACCCGGCCCAGGGUGCUGAUGCUCACACCACACAGGCUGCAGAAGGAUGGCUGCCUCAUCCUCAGAAAUCACAACCACAUCUAGAUUCUUGCCCUACAAUACAUGACCUUCACCACCACGCUGAGAGCUGCCAUGUCAAGAUCCACAUAGCAUUGACAGGAUAUAGAUUUGACUGUUACUUGAUACAUUGAUAAGUCAGUUUCCAUUUUAAAAGGAGCAUUGAGUUUUAUUACUCUUGUUUCUUUGUACUUUUUCAUUGGAAUGUUAGUAUUAUUGUGAGGUUAAUUUGCAGUCCUCUAAAGAGAAAGCCAUAGCCUUGGUUACUAAUCCCUGGGGACUGUGGGCUCUUUCCCUUCCCACUCGCUGGUACCGUGGAGUCAGAUUGGCAUGAAUUCACUAAUUGCAUUCUAGAAUCACUGUAGCCGUAAGUUGUGUGCUUUUUAUUCAUCAUGCCAAACUUUAACAUGUCAGAAUUGUCAUAACCAAGGUACCUGUGAAAAGCACUGGCUAUUAUGUGUGGUAGACUCACCAUUUGGAUCUUCUCGCAUCUCUAAAAGUGUACAGAUUAGGUCAUAAAUUUAUAUUAGUGAUACCAAAUGCCUCCAUGAUUAGUAUGCUUUCAGACUAACGGCUUUUUUGGUGUCUAAAAUGUAAGCAAAAAAUUCCUGUUGAAACAUUCCAAUCCUUUCAUUUAGUGUGAAAUAAAAUCCCUAACAAGCCGGUGGGAUGGAUGUGAGAGAACUCACGAUGAUAACUCUGUGCUGACACAAGUCUUCAAAGCUCAUAGAGACACGCAGACCAUUUUGAUGCACAGAUUGAAGAAUUUUACUGUAUAUGUGUGCAGUACACAGUGCGUGGUGUGUUCAUGUGAUUCCUUCUGCUGCAGGCGUAGGUGAUGGGUGUGGACGUAGGUACCUGUUAGUUUUCAGGAGCCACACGUGGUUCAUCAGUGGUUGCCUCUAAGGAGUCAGACAAGUAUACUGCCCACGCCGCGUGCCACGUAAUAUUCAGACCAUUCAGAGGAGACUGUUUUACCUUUGUUUGCUUAUAUGUUAAUACGGUUUUUAAAUUGGUAACUUUUAUAUAGUAUGGUAACAGUAUGUUAAUACACGCAUACAUAUGCACACAUGCUUUGGGUCCUUCCAUAAUACUUUUAUAUUUGUAAAUCAAUGUUUUGGAGCAAUCCCAAGUUUAAGGGAAAUAUUUUUGUAAAUGUAGUGGUUUUGAAAAUCUGAGCAAUCCUUUUGCUUAUACAUUUUUAAAGCAUUUGUGCUUUAAAAUUGUUAUGCUGGUGUUUGAGAUAUGAUACUCCCAUAGUGCAGAUGAGAAGCUUGUAACAGUAAACUAAAUAUGUGGUUUCUUUCACUGUAAUCCAGGUCGGCAGAAUGGAUCAGAAACAAUGGAAUCCAGAGGGAAUUCUCUAGGGUUGCACCAGGUUUACCUAAAGCUUGUUGCCUUUUUGUGCUGUUUAUCCGUGUAGAGCACUCAAGAAAGUUCUGAAACUGCUUUGUAUCUGCUUUGUACUGUUGGUGCCUUCUUGGUAUUGUACCCCAAAACUCUGCAUAGAUUAUUUAGUAUAAUGGUAAGUUAAAAAAAAAAAAAGUUAAAGGAAGAUUUUAUUAAGAAUCUGAAUGUUUUAUUCAUUAUAUUGUUACAGUUUAACAUUUAUUUGUGGUAUCUGUGAUUUGGUUAAUCUGUAUAAAAAUUGUAAGUAGAAAGGUUUAUAUUUCAUCUUAAUUCUUUUGAUGUUGUAAACGUACUUUUUAAAAGAUGGAUUAUUUGAAUGUUUAUGGCACCUGACUUGUAAAAAAAAACUACAAAAAAAUUAGAAUCAUUAAAUUGUGUCCCUGUGUUACCAAAAUAACA